AUGAGUAAAGAUACAACAGAAGAUAAGCUUGGCCAAGAUAAAGAUAUCCCCAUGGUCGGGUUGUUCAAGCUGUAUCAGUUCUCUUCCUCUAGAGUGAAGGUGUACCUCUUCAUUGGGCUGAUAACUUCGAUUCUUGCAGGGAUUUGUAUGCCAAUGUUUAUUAUUUUCCUUGAAGAGAUGUAUAACUCCUUUGAUCCAGAUACUAGCAAGAAGGUCGUUUACGAUAAUAGUAAGAAAGUUUUGUUCUAUCUCCUCUACAUUGGAGCUGCACUCUGGCUCUUUAGCUAUCUCUAUGUUGCCUUCUUUGGAAUGGUCUCAGAGUACACUGGGAUGAUCUUCAGAGUCAAGUAUUUGGAGUCAGUCCUCAGACAGGAUAUUUUAUGGUUCGAAGACAAUGAUCCUCAGUCAUUGGCAUCAAAGAUUAGUAAGGAAGCAUCAGCUAUUCAAGAAGCUACAGGAGAGAAAAUAGCUAAUAUCUUUUUUGCCUUUGCUAUUUUGGCAUCUGGAUUGACUGUAGCCUUUGUUUUGGGAUGGCUAUUUACUUUUAUUGUAAUUUGAGCAUUCCCAGUCUUUUUCAUUUCAAUUUUUGUUUUCACAUCGAUGGUACGAAAGGGAGGGAAAUAUCUUGACAAAGCCUUUGAAAGAUCAAGCACUAUUGCUGAGCAGGCUCUCAAUUCCAUCAAGAUUGUGCAAGCCUAUGGCCAAGAAUCAACAGAAAAUGAUAGAUUUAUUGAGCCAUUAGACGAAGCUAGACAGAAGGGGAUUAAAGUUCAUUUUAUGACUGCUCUAGCAUAUGGAAUUUAUUCAUCAGGAUUCAUGGUCGUUUUUCCAAUAUCAUUGUUUUUCGGUGGACUUCUAGUUACAGAAGGUGUUCAGAAUAAUAUUAGAGAUAGAGGAUAUGCUCCAGGAGAUAUAGUUGCAAUAUUCUUUGCAGUUAUGUGGGCAGCUUGGUCUUUUAGUAUCGCUGGUCCAAACUUUGCUGCUAUUACUAAAGGAAGACAAGCUGCUUACACAGCUCUUCAAACUAUCGAAAGAGUUCCUAACAUCAUUAUUGAUGAUGAAUCAGCAAAGUCACUAGAUGACCUGAGAGGCGAAAUCAAGUUCCAAGAUGUAAAGUUCAAAUACAAAACUCGAAAGAUCAAUGCUUUGGAUGGAGUCACCAUCAACUUUGAACAAGGCAAAGUCACUGCUUUAGUUGGUCCUUCUGGAUCCGGAAAGUCCACCAUUGUUCAGCUCAUGGAGCGCUUCUACGACCCUGAUGAAGGCUCAGUUAUCAUUGACGGUGAAGACCUCAGAAACAUUAACCUCAGAGAUUUCAGGUCCAAAGUGGGAUAUGUGGGUCAGGAGCCUGUGUUGUUCAACCAGACCAUCCGAGAGAACUUGUACUAUGGCAACCCUGAAGCCACCGAAGAUGACAUGCUUGAAGCUUGCAAGAAAGCCAAUGCAGCCAAGAUCAUUGAGAGACUUCCAGAAGGACUUGACACCAUUGUAGGAGCUCAAGGAGGACAGCUUUCAGGUGGAGAAAGACAAAGAAUUGCUUUAGCCAGAGCUUUCAUCAAGGAUCCGAAGAUUCUGAUUUUGGAUGAAGCGACAUCAGCUUUGGACAGGAAGAAUGAACAAGAAGUGCAAGAAGCCAUAGACAAUUUGAAGAACGGAGACCUGAACAUCACGACCAUUGUGAUAGCCCACAGACUUUCAACUAUCAUCAAUUCAGAUAAGAUCGUAGUGUUGAAAGAAGGGAAAGUCGUGGAAGAGGGAACUCACAAAUCACUGCUGAAUGAAUUCAAAAAUGGAGUGUACUCUACACUAGUACUAACUCAACAGAAAAUUGAAGAAGAAGAAAAAUCUCUAGUAAAACAAGAAAGUCCAAGUGAAGAAAGCAAAGAAUCUUCUAAUUCAGAUCGUCCCUUAUCCUCUAAAAUUUAUCAUAAAAGGUAUUCUAUAAAUAAAGGUACCUCAUUUCAUGAAGAAGUUGAUAAUAAGAAGGAACAAGCAGAUGCUAUCGAUGCAGAUAUUAAAAAAGAAAAAGAAGAACUCCUUGCCAAAAUCAAGAAGAAAGGCUACUUCAAGAGGCUUGUUGCAUAUAACAAGCCCUACUGGCUGAUCAUUGUUGGGUUGAUCAGUUCAGCAGUUCAAGGAAUGACUAUGCCCAUGAACGGAUUCUUGUUUGUCAAAAUGCUUUAUGCAAUGUUUGAUGAUAAUAUGGAGGAGAUUACAUGGUACUGACUGAUUAUGAUUGGAGGUUGAUUCAUCUCAUUUAUUGCAACAUACUUACAAAAACUCUCAUUUGGCAUCCUUGCUGAAAACAUGACUAAAGAGAUUAGAAAAGAUCUCUAUCAAGCCAUUAUCAAGAAGCAUAUUGGCUGGUUUGACUUAGAAGAAAAUAAUAUUGGAGGACUCACAGCUACUCUCACAUCAGAUGUAUAUGCUUUGAAUGGAGCUUCCACCGAAGGGCUUUCAAAGACUAUUGAAGUAUGGUGAGGAUUGCUAGGAGCAAUUAUUUUGUCUUUGGUGAUUGAAUGGAGAGUUACUUUAGUAUGCAUUUGAGCAAUUCCAAUUCAAAUGUGCUCAGGAAUGAUUCAAAUAAGUAUUCAAACUGGAUCUGCAGGAGCACAGGAGGCAGCUUUGAAGUCUGCUAACUUGCUAAUCUCUGAUGCUAUCUCAAACUAUAAAACUGUAGCUUCAUUCGGACAUGAGUACAUUCUAGUAGACAUUCUUAGGGAAAAGCUUCAGAUCCCUGUCAGAUCAGGAUCAAUUAGAGCUCACAUUUCAGGAUUUCUUUUUGGGUGGUCCAACUUUGUUGAAAGUGUAUUAAUUGGGUUACUAUUUUUUAUUGGCUCGGUUUUUAUCAGAUACAAUGGUGUAGACCAAAAAGAUGUAUUCUUAUCAGUCUUCAUUCUCAUAUUUGCAUCUUGGGGAGCAGCACAAGCACAACAUUUUGGACCAUCACAAGGAAGAGCAAUGAAAUCAGCAAUGAGGAUCUUUUCUAUCAUUGAUGAACAACCUGAAAUUAAUGCAGAUGAUGACCACCCAGACCUUGUCAUAGCUAAUGAGAACACUUUCAUUGGAACCAUCGAGUUCCAAAAUGUCUGGUUCAGAUACCCAACUAGGCCUGACAAUUGGGUCCUCAAAGACUUCUCUCUCACCAUUGACCCUAGAGAACAUGUGGCCUUGGUCGGAGAGUCUGGAAGUGGUAAAAGUACAAUCGUUCAGCUAUUGUUGAGAUUCUACGAACCCCACUUCGGCCAGAUCCUGAUCAAUGGAGUCGACAUCAAGCACUACAACUUAAAAUCACUGAGGCAUCAGAUGGGACUGGUGCAGCAAAUGCCAACUUUGUUCAACGAGUCAGUGCUGUACAACAUUUGCUAUGGAGAGGAAUUCGAAGAUAUUGAUAGAGCUAUUGAAUGAGCGAAAGUUGCCAAUGCCACUGGAUUCAUUUCAAAGCUGACAGAUGUUGAUGGAGAAGAUCACAUUGUCAUUGAAGAGCAAGAUGAAGGAGAUGAAGACGAUGUUGAUAUCAAAGAUGUGCACCUUGGCCUUCAGACAAACUGUGGAACCAAUGGAAACAAACUCUCAGGAGGACAGAAACAAAGAGUGGCCAUUGCCAGAGCUGUCAUGAGAGAACCCAACUUGUUGUUGCUUGAUGAGGCCACAAGUGCUCUAGACGAAGUAUCACAAAGCAAAGUACAGGCAGCUCUAGAAAAAGUGAUGAAGGGAAGAACCUCAAUUGUAAUCGCUCACAGGUUGACAACCAUUGAGAACUGUGACAGAAUAAUUAUCUUGAAGAAUGGAAGAUUAUACAAAGAAGGAAAAUACGGUCAGAUAAAGGAUGAAUUAUAA